CCAAAAAAGGAACCUAUGGGCGUGGUUUUCCUCCGAGCUCGUGCGGUCACGCUCCUCGGUGGGCGUCAAAUCCGUCUUCCUCUUAUCUCAUUCAGGACUUCACGUUUAACGUUAUACAAGCCGCGGACGCUCAUUUUCGUGAAGUUUCGAGUCGCCAGUCAGUCGGUGAAGAUGACGGAGAGCUCCGCGAGCAAACUGCUGAAUGGGGAAGCCUGUCAGCGGGCGCUGCGUGCGAAGAAUGCGGGCAAAAAUGGCUUCGUGAAGAACCACUGUGUGUUCGAACAUCCACGGAAGUACCGCCGCCCCGCCGAGAAGAACCAGAAUGCGACCUCAAACUCCAGCUUGUACAAGAAGCCCUUUUCAGAGUCGUUCGAGGAGACGCCGCUGCUGGUGGCGGUGCUCACCUACAUGGGUUACGGCAUCCUCACCAUAUUUGGCUACUUCAGAGACUUUCUCCGCCACUGGAACAUCGAGAAGUGCCACAUCGCCCAUGAGAGGGAGCAGCAGAAGGAUUUUGUUCCUCUCUAUCAAGACUUUGAGAACUUCUACACCAGAAACUUGUACAUGAGGAUCCGAGACAACUGGAACCGACCCAUCUGCAGCGUCCCUGGUGCUAAAGUGGACUUAGUGGAGAGAGUUACGCACAAUUACAACUGGACGUUCGAACACACAGGGAAGGUGGUGAAGGACGUCAUCAACAUGGGCUCGUACAACUACCUCGGCUUUGCCGAGAACACGGGAGCCUGCGCCGGCGCUGCCAUCGAAACCACGCACACGUACGGCGUGGGCGUGGCCAGCACCCGCUGUGAGAUCGGAAACCUGGACAUCCACGAAGAGCUGGAGCAGCUGGUCGCCAGGUUCCUCGGAGUGGAGUCGUCCAUGGCGUUCGGCAUGGGCUUCGCCACCAACUCCAUGAACAUUCCCGCUCUCACCGGGAAGGGCUGCCUAAUUCUGAGCGACGAGCUGAACCACGCCUCUCUGGUUCUGGGCGCUCGGCUGUCGGGUUCCACGAUUCGCGUCUUCAAACACAACAACAUGCAGAGUUUGGAGAAGCUGCUGAGAGACGCCAUCGCUCACGGACAGCCCAGAACUCACCGACCGUGGAAGAAGAUCCUCAUCGUGGUGGAGGGCAUCUACAGCAUGGAGGGCUCCAUCGUGCGUCUGCCCGAGGUCGUGGCUCUGAAGAAACGCUACAAGGCGUACCUGUACCUGGACGAGGCUCACAGCAUCGGAGCUUUGGGGCCCAACGGCAGAGGAGUCGUGGAUUACUUCGGCCUGGACCCCAAAGACGUCGACAUCAUGAUGGGAACCUUUACGAAAAGCUUCGGAGCUGCGGGUGGAUACAUCGGAGGAAGAAAGGAGCUGAUCGACUACCUGCGCUGCCACUCCCACAGCGCCCUGUAUGCCACCUCCAUGUCUCCUCCGGUGGCUCAGCAGAUCAUCUCCUCCAUGAAGAUCAUCAUGGGCGAGGACGGCAGCACGCUCGGUGCCGAUCGUCUCCGUCAGCUGUCGGAAAACACCACCUACUUCCGUAGAAAACUCCGGGAAAUGGGAUUCAUCAUUUACGGGAACGACGACUCGCCCGUCGUGCCGCUCAUGCUCUACAUGCCCGCCAAAAUCGGGGCUUUCGGGCGAGAGAUGCUGAAGAGGAACAUCGGCACCGUGGUCGUCGGCUUCCCGGCCACGCCCAUCAUCGAGUCCAGAGCGCGCUUCUGCGUGUCGGCCGCUCACACCAGAGAGAUGCUGGACACGGCGCUGGAAGCCAUCAGCGAGGUGGGCGACCUCCUCCAGCUGAAGUACUCCAGACGGGGGCGCCCUCUCUCCUCGCUGGGAUGGUCGUCUGAAGAAAGCCUGCUCCAGGACUGAGCUCCGCCUACUUUCCUCAAACGCUUUCUUUCCGUUCUCUAAAGUUGUCUCCAAACUCUCACCUCAUCAGGUCGCACAGCAGUGCACACACUGAAUGUGUAUUUUUAUUUGUGCAAUAAUAAUUCAAAUAAAAACCCAAACGCGAAGUUUUCUUCGCACUAGAAGGCGGAGCUUCGACGGGAAUUCCUACUUCUGAAAAGGAAUUCCGUUGCGGCGGUGACGCUCAGAAGAAAACACAACAACUGUAAAUAUUAUUUAUCGCUUUUUUCUGAUCUCCACGACUUGAAGAGUGGAUUCUCUCUAACCAAAGGAUAUUUAUGUAAAGAUAUAUUUUCUACUUUGUUUGUUGGUCCUGUAAUGCCGAACAGAUGAUCUCAGCCGUGAAGGAAUCCUCGCUAGAAUUGGCCUUAUUACUGUUUACACCUGCACAGAAGAACGAGUCUGGAAUCAUUUCCAAAUGUGGGAUUGUUUGUUUUUUGUUCACAUUUCUUCUCACACAAGUGCUGACUCGGAGCUUCCAGUCGUAUGCAUGACGAUGCCACUCAUCCGACGUACCGACGGCGGCUUGUUAUUUAUUUAUUUCAGGCGGUUUUUGUGUUAAUUUCGUCUCUCCGCCUCUGACGGGUGUUUCUGAUGCCGGCAUGAAGACGGCGGGGAAGGAAAUUUGUUCAUUUCAAUUUAAUAUGGUCUCCAAAAACACUAAAAAUCAUGUUUUAGUUUUUUUGACACAAGCAUUCCAACACUGUGCUAAGCUGACAGAAAAAUGUGUUUUAUUACAUGUUGAAUUAUUGAUGUAUGAUAUAAAAACUUGUGUUCUCAAAGUUUUUAUUUUGUUUUUUUAAGAGAAACAUUUCAAACAGAUUUAUGUCCAGCUUUUACCUGUAAAUUCUGCUACAGGAGGCACUGAAAACUGUUUUUUCCCCUUCUAAAGUGCUCUUGGAGUCUUAAAGCCAUGUUGACAAACUACUUGAAAAGAUUAAAUCGCUUAAUUGAA